AUGAGUUCAGUGGACGAUCUAACAGUUUUGUUCAGCCACAUUGGCUUUGAGGAGCCUAAAAUCAAAGAAAUCGUUAAGAACAAGAAGGUCUCGGGGUCACUCGAAUCUCUCAUCAAGGACGUUCCAGCGGACCACCAAUGGGAGAAAUCAAGCAGGACACUAGUUCACAACCUUGCACAGCUUAUCAAGGGAGGCGAUCUGGUUAAUCAGAAACUUAUUGUGGACGAAAUUUUGAAUGGCGAUCUCAAAACCCCGUUGCAAGUGGAUGCAGCGUUCAAGUAUGUGAAAGGAGCCCAAGAUGCUGCAACGCUAGAGCAGCUCAAACAGGAAGCUGGUGUCGGUAUUGUAGUUACUGAUGUCGAGGUCAGAGAACGUGUCGUUCAAUACAUCACCGAAAACAAGGCUGCCAUUCUGGCAGAGAGAUACAAGCUUGUUCCGGGCAUUAUGGCUACCAUUAAAGGCUUACCUGAACUCAGAUGGGCUGAGCCACGUCUGUUCAAACCUAUCAUUGACGAGGAAAUUUUAAAGGUGUUGGGUCCUAAAGACGAUAGAGACGUAGUUAAAAAGGAGAAGAAGAAGGGUAAAGACGCCGCAAAGAAACCCGCCGUGGGAUCUAGCUCUUCUGGAUUGCCAGCCGCAGCUGAGACCGGGAGAACCAUGUUUUCCGAGGGUUUUCUGGGCGACCUUCACAAAGUUGGCGAAAACCCCCAAGCGUAUCCAGAGCUGAUGGCUGAGCACCUCAAAGCAACUGGUGGCAAAGUUCGCACAAGGUUUCCUCCUGAGCCUAACGGAUACUUGCACAUAGGUCACUCUAAGGCCAUCAUGGUGAAUUUCGGUUAUGCGAAAUUUCACGACGGUGUGUGCUAUUUGAGAUUCGACGAUACCAAUCCUGAGGCCGAGGCACCAGAAUAUUUUGAGUCUAUCAAGAGUAUGGUGUCGUGGCUAGGAUUCAAGCCCUGGAAAAUCACCUACUCUUCCGACUACUUUGAUCAAUUGUACGAUCUGGCAGAAAAGCUGAUCCUAAAUGGAAAAGCUUAUGUUUGCCACUGGACUGGCGAAGAGAUCAAACGCGGUCGUGGUGUCAAAGAGGACGGUACGCCCGGUGGUGAAAGAUACGGCUGCAAAGAUCGUGAAAGAUGUCCAGAAGAGAAUUUGAUCGAGUUCAGAAAAAUGAGAGACGGUUUCUACAAGCCAGGUGAAGCAACGUUGAGAAUGAAACAGGAUUUGACAUCCCCAUCCCCACAAAUGUGGGAUCUUAUUGCUUAUAGAGUUCUAGAUGCUCCUCAUCCAAGAACUGGCGCCAAAUGGAAAAUAUACCCCACAUAUGACUUCACGCACUGUCUGGUCGAUUCAUUUGAAAAUAUCACUCACUCAUUGUGUACCACGGAAUUUUACUUGUCUAGAGAAAGCUACGAAUGGUUAUGCGACCAGCUCCAUGUCUUUAGACCAGCUCAAAGGGAGUACGGCAGACUAAAUAUUACCGGGACUGUCCUGUCUAAGAGGAAGAUUGCGAAGCUGGUGAACGAGAAAUUUGUGAGAGGUUGGGAUGAUCCACGCUUGUUUACUUUGGAAGCUAUUCGUAGACGUGGUGUCCCCCCAGGGGCUAUCCUUUCUUUCAUCAACACCCUUGGUGUCACUACCAGCACUACAAAUAUUCAAGUGGUUCGCUUUGAAUCUGCCAUCAGGAAGUACUUGGAGGAUAAUACUGCAAGAUUAAUGAUGGUUCUUGAUCCUAUUGAAGUGAUAGUUGACAAUAUUCCUGAAGAUUAUGAGGAAUUGGUCACUAUUCCAUUCAGACCAGGCACUCCCGCUUUUGGUGAAAGAACGGUGCCGUUCACCAACAAGUUUUACAUCGAAAGAUCUGACUUUUCAGAGGCUGUGAAUGACAAAGAAUUUUUCAGAUUGACCCCAGAGCAAUCGGUGGGUUUAAUUAAAGUGCCUUACACUGUUUCUUUCAAAUCGUUGGAAAAGGAUGCUGACGGUAAGGUCGUAAGAAUUCAUGUCAAAUAUGAUAACGAAAAUGCUAAGCCUAAGAAGCCCAAGACCUACAUCCAAUGGGUGCCUGUCUCUGCUAAAUUUUCUUCGCCAGUACGCAUUGCCGAGACGAGAGUGUACAACCAGCUGUUCAAAUCUGAAAACCCUUCGUCGCACCCAGACGGUUAUCUACACGACAUCAACCCAGAGAGCGAGCUCGUUCACGACAAAUCUGUCGUGGAGCAUAACUUCAACUAUGUGAUCGAGAAUUCUCCUUGGGUCGUCAACAGUACCAAAGAGUCUGAAUUCUAUGUCGAAGAAGAGCAGGGGCGCAAAGAGGUUUGCCGAUUCCAAGCUAUGAGAGUCGGCUACUUUACUCUCGAUAAAGAUAGCAAGAACAGCAAGAUUAUCUUGAAUAGAAUUGUGAGCUUGAAGGAUAGCAGUAAAUAA